CAAUUGGUGUUCUUUUCAAAUGUUUUAUACGUCUUCGCGGUAUGAGCUCGAAAUUGGACGAUUAUGCAUCGUUCAUGAAAACUUCGGGAUAUUCGAAAACGAUUCCGCAGCCUGAGAGGAUAAAAAGCGAUGUGAUUUAUUGUCGUAUAUGCUUGGGGUCCAGUGACUUUGAGGAACUGAUAAGCCCUUGCUAUUGUGCAGAGAAGUGGUUAAACUUGUCUCGAUCAAAAGCCUGUGAAAUUUGCGGUUUCACUUUUGAAGUUUUAAAACAUUAUCCCCACUUUUGUAAGUGGUUAUGGAUGGGAGGGAAAGGAGAUGGGAUACAUCGUCGCAGAUAUUUAUGGACAGAUUUAAUUUGCCUGCUAAUAAUGGUACCUUUGCUCACAUUGUGCGCAUGGUUGGCGAUUUCUUCGAAUCAGGAUGAAAAAAGUGCUAAUUCAAGGUUUCCAUGGCAGUCUUUUUUUCUUGGAUUAUUAUGCAGUCUUCUUCUUUUAGUAUUUAAUAUUUGGUUAAUGUUUUCUCUUCGAUAUCAUCAUCAAUCAUGGAAACUUUGGCGUAAAGAACAGACUUAUAUUGUCUUAUCAGAAACUGUUAAAAGAAAAAAGGUGAUGAACAUAAAAGGUGAUUCACAAAAUCCAAAUUUAAUUAUCCAGAAUAAUAAACAAGAACAAAUGCAACAAUUAAGGAGACUAGAUAUGCCUGAGUCAAAUGAAACAAGUAUGAAACCAAACAAGACCAUAGAUGAUUCUGAACUAGCAAUUAAUACAAUACGGCAACAAUGUUUGAACAGUGAAAGCUAUUCUGGACCUAUAUGGAAUAUGAAGUCAGAAAUUUGUGAUGAAAUAACUAAUACUGGAGGGAAUGAUACACCAAUGAUACAUAACAAGUUAAAAACAUUAUCAUCUGAAGAAGUAACGAUCAAGGAAGAUAAUUAUACUGAACAUGUUGUGCAGACAGAACCAAUGUCAUUUAGAAGUUCUUUAUCUGUUUUUAUAGUACCAACAGAAUCCUGUGCAAAUGAUACGCUAAAUGAAGCAACAAACUGACAGGAAGUAUAUACACAUUUAAAAAAAAAUUAUCUCACAAAAAAGGUGGCAUUCCUUAUUUUUUAUCAACUAGAUUGUAUAGUAAUAACAAACACCAAGAAAGACUUUACACUAUGUUCAGUCCUAUGAUAAAGAUUUCUGCUUCAUUUUUAUAACUGACUUAAUUUAUAUUUAUUACUUGUGAUUCAGAUUUCUGUAUAAAUCUUCUAGAUUGAUAGCUGGGAGAAAAUUUAGUAUUUUCCUAAUCAUUGUACAACUUCACUCUCAAUUUUAACGAUUUUGUUCAAUUACUAAAAAAGGUAACCACUAAUGGAUGAUUGAUUUUGAUUAUAACUAAGCGACAAUAAGGAAAAUUGAUAAAGAUAAAAGUUAACAUUGAUUGUGUUGUUGCUCGUAUUGCUUUCCGAUAAACAAAAGCUUAUGUAAUGACAAUCCAAAUAAAAUGUAACCAGUCUUUCAGCCAUAAAAACAAUUAAUUUUGAUAGCCAAUGUACAACUGAGUAGAUGUUAUCAUUCAGAGAUUUUGCAAUAUUUUCUUUAAAUAAAAAAGAGUAACAAGCGUAACCUGAUUUCUAAAUGGUUAGCUAAUAUCUUACAACCCUAUAAAAAUCAUAUCAAUAGAUACAACUCUCUUGAUUCCUUUACUUUGUCGACUCAAUUGAAAAUAUUAAUUUAAAUGGUAGGAAAAUUAUCUUAUUGGAUGUCACUUCUCUUUUUACAAAUGUUUCUCUCACAGAAACUAUAUGUUUUUAGUGUGACUAUAUUGAAAAUAAUAAUAUUCCAAAACAUUAUUCAAAAGAGCUACUUCUACGAUAUACUCUCAACGUGCAAUUUAGAUUUAAUGAUGAUUUUUUAUAGACAAACAGAUGUAGUUGCAAUGGAUUCUCGAUUGGGUCCCCUCUCGGCUGAUUGUUUCAUUGCCAAUCUUGAUAAUACGGUACUUUGACCAAUAAAUGAGGAGUUUCAUUUAUAUUAGAGAUAUAUGGACGAUACUUUCAUUAUUUGUGAAGAUAUGGACCUCAAUACAAUUUUAAAUGGUUUCAAUAAUUGUCACCCCUCAAUUCAGUUCACUUCGGAAACAGUGGAAAACAAGGAAUUUCAUUUUCUUGGUGUCCGAUUAAAAAGGAGAUUAGAUGGUUUUCUACAGAGAUCUAUAUAUAGAAGACCAAUUUGAAAUGGGCAG